AUGCUCGCCGGCUUUCACGGGAAGAGGUCACGAGAAGCUGGUGCGUGGAGUGGAGAGGCAGCUUUAGCAGGAGCGAGAGAAACAGGAGCGGGAGGGGUAAAUGGGGCGGCCGAAAAUGCGACUGAUGAAACCCCGUUUUCUGGGCGCUAUGUCUCGAAGCGGGAGCGGUUGAGGGUGGACGGGCAGAAAAAAGAAUUAUCCACUCACGGGCAGCCAAUCUACAAGUUUUCGGCGGGAAGUGUUGCGCGGGAAACUGCGUGCGGCGGGGAAGCUCUCCCAAACGCGCCUGACCGGAUCCGACACGAUGAUAUUGAAUCCUAUAACGCGUACGGCGGGGGAGCUCUCCCGGACGCGCCCGAUUGGAUACAGGAGGGUGCUGCUGCGCGAUUCGUUGCGCCUCGGCGCCUGAUGUGCCGGCGACUCAAAAUCGCUGCGGCGCCUGAGUGGCGAGCUUUCUCUUUUUCCACCCUCCCCCACCCCAACCUCCCUUUCUCUCCCUCCACACUCCCAGCCCCCCCCAUCUCUCCAGACCCCCUUGUCUCCCCCAUCUCUCCCUGCUGUUACUUUUCAGCCCACUCACGUCCUGCCACGUGUGUCAGGUGGUCCCCACAGUAUGGUCAUCUGUUGACGUCAGCAGGGAUGGAUGGGGCAGUCAAAGUGUGGAUUCCUUUCAAAGAAAGCCCAGGAGAAUGGGCAGAUUCUGGGAAAACUUCUCUCUGCCCGGUUAGGGUGUUUAACGGUCACCGAGCAGCAGUGAAAGAAUCGUCGUGGACGAACGAUGCCGCCCGGCUCCUGACAGCCAGCCUGGAUGCUACAGUGCAAGUUGCUGACGUGGAAUCAGGAGCUACUGUAGCGGAGGUGCGGCAGGGCGGCGCCAUGUCAGUUUGCCGCCCGGGUCAUUCCAACCCACAGAUCUUUGCCACAGGAGGGGAUUAUCGGGUUGGCAGUGUGAGAUUCUGGGAUAUGCGAAUGCUGGGAGGUGCGAGUAACGGGCAGAGUGACUGUAGCAAGAAUGACUGUAAAAGGAGUGAUAGUAUCGAGAUAUCAAAUGGAGGCAGCAUGGCCAAUCACAGCAGCAGCACAGCAGCUGCUUCUGCUGAGCCGUCCAAGCCUGUGCUGGAGUUCCCAUUGGACGGUGGAGAUCUUCUCGAUCUUGCCUUCGAUCCAUCUGGAUCGUUGAUGGUGACGUCAGCAGCUUGCACGCGGGUAAGGGGCCUUGAUAAGGGGCUGAAAGUGUGGGAUAACCGGAGCAUGCCAGGAGUGUUCUAUGGUAUGGUACUACUUGCCAGUGGGUGUGCUGUGCAGAGCCCCUAG